CAAGGCGCUCUUUAAGCUUCUGCGCGCGACACAGAGCGGCCAUUCAUCGCCGAGGGGGCAGGGGACGGAGCUGCAGCGUCACAGGGUUCUGUACACGGACCAACCAUUCCCAUGUUAAACCACUGAACAUCACAUUUGGUGGUGUCUGGGUGAAGCUGCUGUUCAUAUCACACCCGGAGACAAGGAGCGGGGAACCUUUAAAAAACGUUCCUUUAAUAGUUCUGGUGUGAACCGCCAGUAGAAAGAGCGAAAACAUAUAAGCCUGGGGCACAUUAUUCAUCUAUUAACACUUCAUACAAGACGACACUUGUAUGACCCAUUUCACUUCUUAAAAAAUCCCAAAUCGGGCUUUCUUUAGCGCAAAAAAACAAACAAAACACAACCAUGUCGGGUGAGGAGCACAGCCUAUCAGAGGCCGAGAUGAGCCCAGGAGGCUCCGAGGACUGUCACUCGCUCUCCCCGACUCACCCUCGGGCCGCGGCGGGCCACGAAUCGCCCCUCGAUGGCCAGUCCCAACAGCUGACGGCCCUCUGCGGCGCCGAGAGCGGCGGGGAAGACGGGGGACGCACGGUGCCGAAGACCGAGGAGGAGGACGACCGUUUCCCCAUCGGCAUCCGCGAGGCCGUCAGCCAGGUGCUGGACGGGUACGAUUGGACCCUCGUGCCGAUGCCCGUGCGGGUAAACAGCGGGAACAAGAGCAAGCCGCACGUGAAGAGGCCGAUGAAUGCCUUCAUGGUCUGGGCGCAGGCCGCGCGCCGGAAGCUUGCCGACCAGUACCCCCACCUGCACAACGCAGAGCUCAGCAAGACCCUUGGCAAACUCUGGAGGCUCUUGAACGAGGGCGACAAGCGGCCAUUCAUCGAGGAGGCGGAGAGGUUACGGAAGCAACACAAGAAAGACUACCCGGAAUACAAGUACCAGCCCCGGCGACGCAAGAACGGAAAGCUCGGCCCCACCGCCGACGCUGACGGCCAGGGGGAGGGGGAGGCGAGCCACUCCCAGUCCCAUUACAAGACCCUCCACCUGGAACACAACGGUGGCGGCGGGUCCCCGCUGGGAGACCUGCACCACCACCACCAUCACCACCACCACCCUGCCGGUCACAGCCCCCCCACACCCCCCACCACCCCGAAGACAGAGCUCCAGUCUGGGAAGCUGUCGGACUCCAAGAGGGAGGGGGUGGGCGCGGGCUCCAGGGGGGCCCUCGGGCUGGGAGCGGAGGGGCCGUCCGUGGGGCCCUCGUCCUCCGGCGCCAAGCCCCACAUCGACUUCGGCACCAUGGACAUCGGGGAGAUCAGCCACGAGGUCAUGUCCAACAUCGAGCCCUUCGACGUGAACGAGUUCGACCAGUACCUCCCGCCCAACGGUCACCACCAGGGGGCGGUGGCCGGGCCCUCGGCCACGUCCUACGCCUACGCCCUGGCCGCGGCCAGCGGACACUCCGCCUGGCUGUCCAAACAGCAGCAGCAGCAGCAGCAGCAGCACGCCUCCCCUUCCUCCUCCUCCUCUUCCUCCUCCGACCCCUCCAAGGCCCAGAUCAAGAGCGAGUCGGCCUCCGGGAGCCACUACGCCGAGUCCUCGUCCUCGCCGUCCCCAGGGGCCCACGUCACCUACACCCCCCUGAGCCUCCCCCACUACGGCUCCGCCUUCCCCUCCCUGGCCUCCCGGGCUCAGUUUGAGUACGGGGACCACCAGACCCCCGGGGCCUACUACGCCCACUCAGGCCAGUCCUCGGGGCUGUACUCUGCCUUCUCCUACAUGGGCCCAACACAGAGGCCCCUGUACACCACCAUAGGAGACCCCGCCAGCGUGGCCCCCUCCCACAGCCCCACACACUGGGAGCAGCCUGUGUACACCACACUUACCAGACCCUGAGGAGCCCCGCCAAGCCAGAAGAUCAACAACAUAGCCUAUGGGAAGUGUGUGAAUGUGUGUGAUUGUUUGUCUGUGGGUUUAAGGUCUGUGACUGCAUGUGUGUGUGGGUGUGCGUGUGUGUGUGUGUGGGUGUGUGCGUGUGGGUGGGGGUGUUUGUGUGCGUGUAUGUAUAUGUGUGUGUGUGUGUGUGUGUGUGUGUGUGUGCCAAUGCCAUAUUGACGUUAGGAGAUGUUUUUCUUGUUAUGCCAACGCAAGAGGCAAGGCCUUAUGAAGAUUAUGACUCACCCUAAAUAUUUGAAUGCAAAUCAAUGGUCAACAGCCAAUCAAAAUUAAUUCACCUAAACAAAAGCGUGCCAAUAAAAGUGUCGGGAUGUACAGCGAGUUUGUAUAAAAUGAGUUAUAGGUAUAAGUGACAUUUUUGCAGUUGAGUUAGGAUUGUGGGAGGGUUGCUCGACAUGACCUAAGAACCAUGGGUUUAAGACUGACAUAAUCAGAUUAUAUUAACCAAACUAAAGGUUGUUGUUGACAUCAUAGUGUUAUUUUUUAUGAGUAGUAUGUGUAUUAUUAUUGUUGUUGUUGUCGACCUUUAAGGGUGUAACAUUAAUGUGAUUUAAUCUUAAGUGGCUGACCACUGCUUUGGGAAAGGAGACUUAUGUUCAAGAUGGCCGAAUCAUUUUCUUCUUUAACUUUACGGAUAAUUCUCCAUCUUUUAAUUUUUCUUUGUUAAAUGCAACAACAAUUUAAGGGGAAAUAGGACAAAGAGAGGGAAUGAGAAUGUUUAGGAUGCAUUUCAGCUUGCCUAUAUGUCGCCUGGAUUUCAAAAGAUCACAUUACCUCAACUCCAUUCAUGUUGUGCCAAUAGUGGUAGAGAGUUACUAUUCGUCGUCCCGGAUCCAGUAACACGAAGGUAUUCAAGAUGUUUCAGCACUAAACCUUCAGUUUAGUCACUCACUGGACUAUGUUUUCGUGCUUGUUGGUUAACAGGUGUAUACCUCUUUGUGGCCUUAUAUAGUUUUUUUGUUCCUCCAGUUACGGAAGCAAAAAUAUAUACACCAAUUUCUACAACUAGAGUCUUAAGCAAAUCUCUUGGGGUGAAUGGCAAGCUUUGGAGCCUGCUUAUGGAUCAGAGUCCCAUGCACCACAGUUGUAAAGCACAUUUAGGAGAAAAGCAUGCUUGCCGCCCGAAUAUUUCCCUCAUUAUCUCUUCUUAACCCUUCCCCUCGUGAGCAAUGUGAAUCAGUUCUUACCACAGGCUUUUCUUUAUUAUAUGACGCAUACUGUAUAAUUUUUUACUGACCCUCUCAGCGUGUAGUUAUGUUUAUGUAAGUGAUAAUGCAUUUGUGUGUCAAACAUUUGCUUUUACAGUUUUGUAUAAUUCUGGAUAUUUUUUUUUAAUGAUCGAGAUACAUGUUUGGCCAUGUAUGUGCCUUCAUGAAAACAGCGAUGUUGAAAAGUUAUUGAUGUUGUCAACUAUUAAAUCAUUUUAUUUAUCAAAAACCUUUCGCAUUUCUUUUUUUCUCUACUCUU